GACAAAGGGUCACACUCUUUAAAAUGAGAGAUGGGUUGGGUGUCAGUUUGGUGAGGAGCGGGGCGUUGAUCGAAAUUCAAUACUCUCCUCCCCGAAAAUUAGCUCUCCUACCUCUCCAACCAACCGUUAACCCCAUUAUUGUAUUCUCCGUCCGUCUUCAACCUCCAAGCCGCAAGCCCGCAACUCUUUUAUUACUCCCCUCGCUUCUCCGGCUGCUUAUCUCUGAGAUCCAGUUCCCCAUCUCCCCAUCCUUCUUCUUCUUCUUCCAUUCUCCCUUCGAAAGUCUAAACCCAAUCUCAAGGGGAAGAUAAUUCUUCCCGGUCCAGGAAUUGGGGAGAAUCUUUGGCUGGACGGAAUGAAGGUCACAGUGGUUUCUCGCAGCGGCAGAGAGGUCAUCAAAGGAGGCGUCGACCUUAGCGAUUCGGCUACGGUGGCCGAUCUGCAAGAGGCAAUUCAUAAACGAACUAAAAAAUUCUAUCCAUCAAGACAGCGGCUGACCCUUCCUGUGCCAUCUGGAUCGAAAGAGAAGCCAACAGUCCUCACCGCGAAGAAAAGCCUUAAGGAAUACACUGAUGGGAACUCAGACAGCUUGACCAUUGUUUUCAAGGACCUGGGUCCUCAAGUCUCCUACCGUACACUCUUCUUCUUCGAAUACCUUGGACCUUUGCUACUAUACCCCGUUUUCUAUUACUUCAAUGUCUAUGAAUUCCUCGGCUACAAGGGGUCCGAGCGUGUUAUACACCCGGUUCAGACAUAUGCCAUGUACUACUGGUGCUUCCACUACUUCAAGCGUAUUAUGGAGACAUUUUUUGUGCACCGGUUUAGCCACGCCACCUCGCCUCUAUCCAACGUGUUCCGCAAUUGUGCUUAUUACUGGACGUUUGGUUGCUACAUUGCUUAUUACGUGAAUCACCCACUCUACACUCCUGUUGGUGACCUUCAGAUGAAGAUUGGCUUCGCCUUUGGUGCGCUUUGCCAAGUCUCAAACUUUUACUGCCACAUCUUGCUGAGCAACCUGCGCAGUCCUGAUGGAAGUGGUGGCUAUCAAAUCCCUCGUGGGUUUCUAUUCAAUAUUGUGACUUGUGCAAAUUACGCGACGGAGAUUUAUCAGUGGCUGGGUUUCAACGUUGCAACUCAGACCGUCGCAGGCUAUCUUUUCCUUGUGGUUGCUGCUUCUAUCAUGACCAACUGGGCCCUGGCUAAGCACCGCAGGUUGAAGAAGCUGUUUGAUGGGAAGGAUGGACGACCUAAGUACCCACGCCGAUGGAUCAUACUACCUCCAUUCCUGUAGACUCAAAUUGUUGCUCUACUCCCCUUUGUUGUUGGCUACUCAAGAAAUGCUUCCUCGAAACUCAGAGCACUGACAUUUCUUGUCUUGGUGGAUCAUUUUCUAUGUCGUUGAAGAUGGAAGGUCCUGGUUUUCCCAAUCAUCUCACUUGUGAAGUCGUUAAGCAUUUCGUUAGAGGAAUUGGUUGUUGGGAACCAGGGAAGUGGACGAUCGGAUCCUCCUUGGCGAGCUUUCUACUUUCAAACUCUCGGUUUAACGUUAUUUAUCCGAGGUUUCCUGUUUGUGUUGAGCUAGUUUAGACCGAAAAAGUUGUGGUGUCUUAAUGAUCUUUGCUGUGGUGUUUUAGUCUCUGCUCUCAUCUUCCAGGAUAUGAAUUAUUGUUGUACUCAUCUUUUAAGUUAUGAACCCAGCUAGUCGUUGUAUAUCUCCUUGCACACAGAUUGAAGAGAAACCAAUAAAGCAGGGUAUGUUAGGCUCACAUCCGUAAUGUCAUCUCAUUUUUUUUUUUCAAUCACUUGUCCUGUAUCUCAUCUUCUAAUUGUCGUUACCAUGUCCAUGUUUUGCAUCUCAUAUAUGAUUUGCAGAGGGUUUGAUAAUGAAUACUAAUGGAUCUUAGAACUUAGACUAAAUUGCAUGUGAUCCUGCCUGCAAAUUCUCUUUGAAUUAGGGGUGUCCAUUCAGGUUCGGUUUUUCGGGUUUACCAGAACCUGAUCCGAUUAUAUACAUUUUUCGGUUUUUUGGGUUCGGGUUUGUUUCGAAUUCGGGUUCGGUUUUGCUUAUCGGUUUUUCGGGUUCCGGCUGAAAAAACCUCCAAUGAAUAGAAUUCAGCCCGUAUUCUUAGGCGUUCGGAUUUUCGGGUUUCGGUUUUGCUUUAACCGAACCCGAUAAAGAUUUUUCGGGUUUCGGGUAACCGGAACCCGCAAGUCCUUGUCGGCUUCGGGUUCGGUUUUCAGUGAUAUACAGUUUCGGAUUUUCGGGUUUUUUCGAGUAACCGAACCCGACCCGUACUGACACCCCUAGUUUGAAUCUUGUACACUAAUUAGAAACAAUAAGCUAUUCUAUUACUAGUCUUCUCAACCGAAAGAUAACUUAUGAGCUGUAAGUUUAUACGGAUCCUACAUUUCUUGUAGUUAAAUUAAGAGUUAGGGUCAUGGAGAUUCAAAUACAAGACGUCUCGAUCAAACCUUGUUCAUUGAGCUUAAAUUAACUGAUACGCAGAAUUUAUCAAUUUAUCUGACACGAAUACAGCAGUAGAAGGCACCAAUAACUGCCAUGUGAGUGUGAUAAAGGGUGGCUAAAUGCAAGUGGUGGAAACUGGAAGCAAUGAUAACGAUCGAUGUGGGGAAUCAAACGGAACAGUCGAAUGAUGGUCUGGGCUGGGGAGCUAAAGCGCACACACGCUGGUCUCAUGAUUGUCGCGUCACACACCUUCAUGCUACUGUGUUACACCCUUUUCCCUCCCAAAUCACAUGCUUAUGAUUUUUGCCCCCCAAACUAACAGUAUAGACUGAAAACAUGUUUUCGUUAUAUUUUGUUGUUGUUGUGGUUGCGGCAAUACCAGUUGGCAACACAAUAUAAGUUAGCCGAAAUCACUUUAAGUACCUUUCUUGUAGCAUCCAAAAGUUGUUUCUUGUGGGAUUCUGUCGGUUGCUUGAAUAACGUUCAAGCGAGUUUAUGAUUAAAUCUCACUAGAACCACUUUCUAUAUGUUGCUUCUCUAUAUUUGUGCAUAGCUCAUCCACGAAACCUUAUUGUCAAUAUUAUUUUCAUUCAUUUAUUUUUUCAUCAAAUUUUUCAUAAUCGUCAGGUCACACUAUAUCUUUCAUUUUUUUCUCUUGCUUUUGUCUUUGUCACGGUAUUGAUACUGAACAAUGUCUAAGAGAAGUAAUCCAAUACAUUUUUAUUUAUGGUUGUCAACUUCGAUAAUUUUUCAAUAUUACCAACUAAACAGAAUUAUGUUUUCUAUGUUCAUAUAGUUGUUAUACAUCUAUUGUCACUUGUCACAACUCUACCGCAAACAUAACUGUUAGUAGAGGUCAACUUUUGGAUAUGCUCAUGAAAUAGGAUUAGCACAUGGUCAUAAUAUUGCUACCCUUGUUGGUGAUUGUGUUUUAGAGAAGAGACAAGUACGUGUGUGGCAUCUCCGGUUAUAGCUAUGGAUCAUGACUCCUAGACUUAAGCUCGUCAUUGAUUCGCUAUCAACUAGCGGCGGAUCUAGGGGGGCCGCCCCCUGGCCACGGGCCAGCCCUCCCCGGAUCCAAAGCUCGUAUUGUACUUGUAAAUUUUCGAUUUUGGGUAUAUAUUUCAGUGUUCAUUGGGUUAUGGCCUAGCCCUCUCCAUCGCUUUUUAAAUGCGGCCCAGUGCUCUAACCUGUUCUGGAUCCGCCGUUGAUAUCAACUUUGAGUUGCUUACACUAGGUAAAGGUUCAAAUUGAGAAGUUACCUUUAUGUAUCCGUUACUUGUAGGGAUGGCAAUGGGGCGUGUUUGGGGCGGGUUUGCCUAAACCAUCCCCAUCCCCAUCUUCAAAUACCCAAACCCAUACCCGCCCCAUACUCAUGCGGGGAAAUGUUUUGCAAACCCAUCCCCAUAUCCGUGGGUUUCGGGUACCCAUGGGUAAUACCCAUACCCGUACAUCCGACAUUAUUAUACCUAAAACUUACCAGAAAAGUUUUAAUUAUAACUUUAAACGAACAUAUUAUAUCAUGAAGUCAACAAAUCACAGUCAUUUUUUUAAUAUGGUUCAAAGAAUACGAUCCCAAAAUAUCCAUUAAUACAUAAAAUAGAGUAUAAUAUUUUUCAAAUUAUUAUGUUCUAACUCUGAUACAUCUACUAAAUAAUAAUUAACUAACAUAAUCUUGUUGACAAGGCAAAAGUGAAAGAGUGAAAUGAGAAUUGAGAGAAAUGAGUUAGGUUUUGAUUAAGAUAGUCACUCAAUUGCAUUUCUACUAUUUAUUUUAUCAAGUUAUCCUCAUCAUCAUUGAUAGAUUAUAAUUUGAUGCACAUAUUUUUUAUAUAUGAAGAAAUUCUCUUAGUGGGGCGGGUAUGGGUAUGGGGCGGGGGAGGCUAAAACCAAACCCGCCCCAUACCCAUCAAAUUUUUUGCAGGUUUUACCCAUACCCGGUCAAAGUGAGGAUUCCCCGCAUUGACUGGGUCGGGGGCGGUCGGAUACCCGCGAUCAUGGGUUUGAUUGCCAUCCCUAGUUACUUGUUCGAUACGGUACUUCCAACUCUUGUUGACUAAGUGGGAGAUCGUUAGAGUAGUCAACAAUGAAUAAAGUACCACAUUGGUGGAAGAAAGAAAGUGCAAGUGGUUUAUAGCCUAACUAACUACUUUAUUUUAUUGAAUAAAAUAAUAAGUAGGUUUUGGAGUGAGUGUGUGCAAUUUAAUUUGACAUAUUAAAUCGCACUACGUUUGCGCAACGCGUUUGGAUUUGAAUUUUUGACUAAUUAAUUAUUGGAAUUAUUUUUUAUUAAUUAAUUCAGAUAAUUAGUUGAUAUUUUAUUUUUGUGAAACGACAUAACCCUUUGGAAGGGAACUGUCGUUUUCACAAUAAAAGACUUCUGCAGCCAAUCUUCUUUUCCAACGUUCAUCUUCUUCUUCUCAUUUUCCUUCUCCAAAAACACAAACACAGAACUCGGAAAAGUGUUGCUUUCGGAUUUUGAUUGGAGAGACUCUUGGAGAUAAUUUGCCUAAAUCCUACUAACAAUAAUAUAAUGGGGGCAAAUAACAUUUUUAAGAAUAGUGAUCAAAAUCACUAUUCUUACUAAGUGGGGACUGGGGCGUGAUGUGUGGCAAGCUAGUGACCAUGUUGGCUAACUACCCAAAAAGCUACCAUGACAGCAAAACUUGCUAUGAGAUCGUGAAAAAGAUGAGCUAUAAUUAUAAAGCUGUGAAAUGGUCCAUGGGCAAUUUAUUUUUUAUUUUUUUUUUUGGUAGAAGGGAAAUAUUCAAAAUAUGAGUCAAUCACUUGGCUUUCUACUUUCUAGCUCUGUGGGCUGCUGCUACGAGGUGAAUAUUCUAUUUUCAAAAAGAAAAAAAAUAUUAAAGACAAAUUGCAAACGGAAAAUCCCAAAUAGAUUUAAUAUUUGCUCAGUUACUCCUAUUAUUAUUUCAGCUCAUUCAAUUUUAUUUGCUCUGUCCAUCGUUCCAGAAUCAUCUUUUUUUUUUUUGGUUCUCUAUUUUUUUUUUCGUUGAAUUGUUCUCUAUUUUUAUUAUCCAGAGAAUGCAAAAUAAAUAUAUAGUGAUCAAGAAUUCAAGAUGCAACGCAGUUCCUUUCACCGUUUCACGCCUAAACGACGAAUUAAAAGUCCUUCAAAAAGACCAAAACGCGACGGGGAAAUGAAAUACAGAAAAGGAAAAUAGAAAGACUGGAAAACCGGACGGACCAGUGGAUCCAUGGAGCCCUGAGAGCCUCACAAAACGUAAAGGACAAGCCCGCGACGCGUUCCUCUCGGUAACCCGUACCCACACAAAAAAUAAAAAAAAUAUAGGGAAAAAAGAAUCUAAAAAUAAAAAAAGCCACAAUUAAUCCAACGGCCCACAUCCCAUCUCGGCCUUCCAUAUAAUCCCCAAUUUGUUUUCGCAUUCGAAAAAGAAAGAAAAAAAGAAAAGGAGUCAGUUUCCUCUCUCACUCACUGCUUCCCCUCUGCUUCUUCUUCUUCUUCUUCUUCUUCUUCUCCGCCUUUCUUCUGCUUCCAUCUCCCGUUUCCUCAUUCGCUCUCUCUCGCUACCGUCUCCUUCUUCCUCCUUCCUUCGUAAGGUUUCCGCUCUUCUCUCUCUCUCUCUCUCUCUCUCUCUCUGUAUCGUUGUAUGUUGUUCUCUGCGAAUUAUCGGCAAUGGCGGAUCUAUUGAUUGAUAGUGAUUGGAGAUGCUUCGUUUAUGUUUUUCGCUGAAUUUUGGGAUUAGGAUAGGGGAAGAUCUCUGUUUUCGUUGCUAUGGCUGUAUUUUCAGAACCUAUCGAUAGAUCUGUUGCCUCAACAUCAGCUAUUACUUCUAUUUCUUGGGUCUUUGCUUGUAUGGAGUGAGCAUAAUGGGGUGGGAUAUUGCGAUUCUGCAAUGGUUGAAUCUGAAUUAUCAAAACGGGAACAAAAUGUUGAUUGAAUUGUAUUCAUUGAUGUUUCGUGCUUUGCCUGUGAGAGUUCCUUCGUUGGUUCCCUAGGAAGUAUCGCUUAGUGGUCUGUCUUCUUUACAUUUCGUGCUUUGGGUUCUUCUAGGUUGAUUUCUUGUGUAAUGUAGUUUCUGGAGGUUUGCUGAGGCAGUUUUUAGUGGACGGUGGUUGAUAAUUGAAGAUAAGAUGCUGCUGUCAAUUGUCAUGAGGCCAUCAUGCAUUUAUGAGAAAGUGAUUGCACUCCUUGUAUUGUAUUCUUUUUCGACCUGCAUUGAUGAUGCUGUGUGACAAUUUGAUGUUCACCAAACGAAUGGAUGUUGUUUGCGUC